CAUUGUAGUAGAUCAAUUUACAGAAAUCCUCCAGCUCUGGUGACUGUACUUCCUCGUAUACACGAUCUGAGUAUGGCACUAUCACUUUUUAGCCUUACAUAUAACGAAAUAUCUUCACAAACCAGGUAAAAUUACACCGUUUAACCGUCUGAGUGUACCUAUGUUCUGUCUGGUAACGCUGGCCAAAUCUAUCCUUGCUGACAUUGUGAUAGUUAGGAAGUGAGUGUUAUGAUAGUCUAUUGUGUCCUUAUAGCAUCUACAAUGAAAAACAUCAUAUAGUUUUCUAUAUAUUCUCCUACAACUGUAGAUAAAUUCUAUCGCACUACUAUGUUAGAUUUACUAUGAGAAGACACUAAAGAGGGAGAAAAAGGAUAAAUAAGGUCAAAUGAACGUUAUAUACAAAAGGGCACGUUAAAAGUUGACUAUCCCAAAAUAUGAGACGCGUUUUGUCUUUAAAACCAGUACCACCAUGUCUCUCCUAAAGAACAGACCGUUAGACAUUUUCUAUGCGUUAUAUCUCAUAGUGCACCUCCCUGCUACACUAUUUAUAGAUAUGCAAUCUUUGUAUCCGGAAUGGCUCAUACCAGAUGCAUUGAAAAACGUCUUACAUUUCUGGAUAUCACUCACAAAUGAUCCGAUAUUGCAAGGUGGUAGUACUGACAGUCCAUUGUGGGCCUGGAUACGUUCGUUCAUCGCACUCGAAGCAGUCGGUCAAGUACCAGUUUUUAUCCUUUGUUCUUACGGUUUAUACAAAGGAUCAAAGAGUGUCGAGAUUCCACUUCUAGUUUACGGCGUUUCAGCAGCUACUACAACAUUCGCUUGCUUGGCUACAGUCUUGGCUUUACCGGUACAUGCACCACCACUUCCACCACCACUGAUCGGUUCACUCGCUCUCACACCAGAACAGCGCACAAUCCUGCUCGCUGUGUACACGCCUUACAUUAUCGUACCAAUUUUCAUUGCUUGCGAUAUGGCCGGUAGAUUAUCACAAAGAGGUAAUAUGAAUACAAAGAAACUCUAUUAA